GUGUUAAUAUAAUACCGGAAGUUACUGAACGUGCGUUACUGCGACUGCGCUCCCUGUAGCGAGGAUAGCUUUAUUUGCGAACAUUCAUGGCUUGAUACAUUUUUAUACACCGCGAAGUGUAACAGUUUCACCGCAGAGAUAGCUUCACACGAUCAAAAUGAACUACAUGCCAGGGACGGCGAGUCUCAUCGAUGAUAUAGACAAAAAGCAUCUUGUACUACUUCGCGAUGGAAGAACGCUUAUUGGGUUUCUUAGAAGUAUUGACCAGUUUGCCAACCUAGUUUUUCAUCAAACAGUGGAGCGCAUCCAUGUGGGCAAGAAGUUUGGGGACAUUCCUAGAGGAAUUUUCAUUGUAAGAGGAGAGAAUGUGGUUUUGCUUGGAGAGAUAGACAUGGAUAAGCCGUGUGACACAGUCUUGCAGCAGGUUUCUAUAGAGGAGAUCCUAGAGGAGCAGCGAUUGCAACAGCAAGCCAAGCAGGAGACUGAGAAAGCCAAGGUGACUGCACUGAAGGACAGAGGUCUAUCCAUCCCCAAGGCAGAUAAUCUUGAUGAAUAUUGAAGGCACUUCUGUUCCAACUUCCUCUGUUAUCCUGGACUUCUCAGUUACAUGUUGAAUAUGGGAAUAUUUUUUGAGACUGGGAGUGUGGCUUGGAGAUCAUGUCCCAUCGCUCUUAAUACUGUACUGAUUUCAUUGCGUUUUUGUUGUUGUUGGUGGAUGGCGGUAUGCAGAAAGUGAGGGUAUACUUAAAAAAAAAAAAAACAGGAUUGUAUACAAGACUACAUUUGAUAAAUUAAAUAUGGUUUUUGUACCACUGCACUUAGAACUUAGUCAAUAAGUACAUAUAGAUGGAUUCUGUGUUAGUUUAAACAGACAAACUGUCAUGGUAAGAUUUGUUUUUCCAUUAAAAGCGCUUUCUUUAAAAAAAAAUAUAUAAAUAAAAAGAGGUUCACCUUUAAAUUGUAAGAGAACUGUACAUACAAAGGGUUGAAGGGAGGUCAGUUGUGAAGGUCAUGUUGGUUUCCAGAUUGAGAUGCUUUGACGGUAAGAAGAGCAGACAUAACAGACAUCCAAGCAAACAAACAAGACCUCUGGGAGAAGGCUAGUACACAUCCUCUAUUUCCUCACCUGCUUCCCUGUGUUCCUGGAUGUCAUAGUGUGUCCUGCAGUAAUUGUUCACAGGAAUCAAAUUCAACAUAUUAAAACCUCUUAAAUUCAGUUUCUGUUGAGAAAUAAAGCAUAUUCCAUAUGAAUGUAAGACAUUUGUAUCUCCA